ACAAUCAAUUAAAUCCCAUCAAAAAAAAGGCAAUCUUCCAUGUUCUCUGGCAGACACCGUAGAGAACCGGAAAUAUUUUCAGACUAUAAUUCUCUUCCGGAAAAUCCUACUUUCACUGUCUGUGGUGCAUCUGCCCCACAAAUCUUCAGAGAAAUAAACCUUUUCGAUACCACAGACGGAAACAUCAACGAGAGAAUCAAUUGAACCAGAAAGGUAUAGUGGCAGAUGAGGUAACUAAAGCCUCCCACCAGGUGGCUCUUUACUGCCAUUUCGGAUCGACUUUUCGUCAUGUUGGUGCGGAGGUGCGCCUUCUCAUGGUAUAUAUCUUGACUUCCGCGUGGUAAACAAAGUGAGGCAGUAUGGCCAUGGGGCCAGGUAAACGUCUGGUCGUUUAUUGCACCUGAUGAUAAUGUGUCAAGCACCACACAUUACUUGUACCUGAAAUGCAGAGGUGGAUGUGUUACCUUUAUCGACGCUUAAUAUGUUGUGAUUUACGUCCACAGCGAUACUCUGGUUAGUACUGCACACGAGUUCCUCAAUACCUGAAAUAAAAAAAAUACUAGUAUUGGUCUUCAUCAUGCUCAUUUGUGAAGGGCACAUUCUAAUACGAUCGUGAUUAGCAGAUUGUCGACGACAAUGGCACAAUGCAUGACCAGGAGGUAAUUUUAUUCGCACAAGUUGAAAUUUUGCAUCGCCGGAAAACAUUGGGUUUUCACUAACAUAUAAUCAUAUGGAUUUUUACCAUCUUCAUAGAAGACACCAACCGUGAAAGAGGACCAACUACCAACAAAUAUUAACGGUCACCUUACGAUUUCGUUUUCGUGUAUGUAGACCUAAUCUACAUGACCUAUCAGUUAAAGAGCCUUUUCUACUAGAAUUUCAUUCUAAUUUGGCCAAACUGUCUAGACAAAAUGACGCAACGCGAUCGUUCACCAUGUUCGCUUAGGAAUUGGAUAAUAGAUAUUAUGUAUCACAACUGCUAUCCCAUCCUCAUCAGCGUAUUUCUGUUUAUAUCAGCGACAUCGUCAUCGCCUGCAAGUUUUAGUUCGUCAUCGAAUUCCGAACCAAUGCUGGAUGGCAUCGAAGAACUAAACAUCAACCAACGAUUGAACCACCCGACGAGGUCCGGCAUCGAUCUGGUGCCAUCGACGACAAUGAUGUCGAACACCGACGUCGAGUGCGGGUGCGACGCCCUGCAGAAGAUCAUCAAGGAGGUGAAAGAGACAAAAGGGGUUUGCAUCGACACCGCUUUGGCUGUCGAUCUCCAUGUUAAGACGGUUGGCGAGCUUCAGUUAGCCGUCGACGGACUCUCGAGUAUGAGGGAGACCAAUCAUGCUGAUACGUAUGAAGCGCCGACGUCACCCAACACCAUGAACACAGAAACUGUGUCGUCAUCAUCAUCAUCAUCAGACGAUGAACCGUUAACUCCAUCGUCGUCCUCAUCAUCCAUCGAAGAUAUCGUCCUCGCUUCAACAGGCGAGGAGGACGAGCAUGGCGAUGACGAGCCGGGUAUCGAGACACCCCCCUCAAUCCUGGAAGGGGUCCAGCUGGUUAUCAUGGAACCACCUGAUGUGAUCCCGCGAGAUUGUCUUGAAGUGCAGCAACAAGUGGGUAACGUCUCCGGGGUCUAUACCAUACUGCCAGACGGAUGCGGACAGCCUUUCCAGGUGUUCUGUGACAUGGCUACUGCUGGGGGAGGUUGGACGGUCAUCCAGCGUCGAUUGAACGGUGAGACCAGUUUUGCUCGCCUGUGGGGUGCAUACCGAAGAGGAUUCGGCAAUCUCCUCAAAGAGUUCUGGAUGGGACUAGACAAAAUGAGUCGACUGACAUCACAGGACGACUACGAACUCCGGAUCGAUCUCCAAGACUUUAACGGGACAAAGGCUACAGCGGAGUAUGAGAGUUUUGUGAUCAGUGAUUACAGAAGUAACUAUCGGCUGCUUGUUGGCUCAUUCAAGGCGAACGGCUCCGCAGGCGAUUCGUUGAGCUACCACAAUCACAUGCCUUUUACGACGACCGAUCGGGACAACGAUCUUGCCAAGAAGAACUGUGCCGAACUCUACUCCGAAGGCGGCUGGUGGUACAACGGCUGUCUCUACUGCAACCUCAACGGGAUAUACCUCGGACCUGACGAUGACGAUUUUGCCACUGGGAUUACGUGGUACGAGUUCGCUGGCUUCAGGAACUCUUUGAAAUUCUCAGAGAUGAAAGUUAGACCGGUUCCGUAAAGAGGUGCGUGUCCUGCAUGGAAUUAUAUAACAUGUGGCCAAUCACACAACCGGCGUUUCGUGAUGCGACUUCGCUGGCUUCAGACACUCUUUGAAGUUCGUUGAGGUGGUAGUUAGGCCUGUUUCAAAAACAUGGUAAGGCAAAGCUUUUCCUGCAUUAAGUGGCACCUAAACAUUAUCAUCAGAUGAAGCUUUCGGAUGUUAGACAACAGUUCACACAAAUUAACCCUCUCUAAGGAUUUUGAAGUAUUUACAUAGUUAUUACGUUCAUGUGCUACUUUCUACGUGGAAGGAUUCAUCGAUCGAUUGAGAUCACUGGAAAUCAAGGAGCAGGACAUCAACCUUUUUUAUUAGUUGACUCAUUGCAGUUGCCAUCGUGGACUGCUUGCACGCGGAUAAAUGCGACUUCAUAAACAAUAUCCACGUCGAGAAACUUGAACAUACGUGGCUGUAACCACAUGGUAAAGUUGCCCUUUCAUCAUGUUCAAUAUGAUAGCACAGACUUUGCAGGUGGCCUUUUAAACUUAAUUAAUUGAAUGCUAUUCAUGAAUUUUGUAUGAAUGAUUUUGAUAAGAAUAAUAGCGUUUUAUUUCGAGUUCGUAUUGCAGCUUGUGCUGAAUUAUAAAAAUCUUUUUAUAGAUGAAAUUUAAAAUAUGAAUAAAGCGAAAUUCAAUAUUAGAUUAUACUACAAACAUGACUUUUGUCAUUGUCAUCACCGAUGAACCUGCAUUUAGAUAUUGACGGCUCGAUAAAUGUAAAUGAUCCGAAUGCUGUGUCAAGUGUGACCGAUUUGAAAAUGAAGUAAAAACAAAAACAGGCAAUCAGAAAACAGGUUUGAUAAGCCCAGCAAAGCUGUGAAUUAUAGAUAUGUACUUUUCUUGUUUUAAUCGAAUAUGGGCCAACAGAUGGGUUUUAAUCUGAACGCAUUUUCAUCUGGCCUUUCAAGGAUAUUUUACGUAGGCGUCCAUCUGUCACAUGUGUAAUGAGACUCGCAGGUGUAAAAAACCACUUGGUCUAAUCACAAAAUUUCUUUCUUUUUCGAAUUUUUCUCAUUCAACCUUGCCG